CAUUUCCCUCAAAAAAUUCAGGGUGCUUGGCGAAAACUCCCCAAAGUUAAUAGGGCCUUUUCUCUAAAACUCUCAAAGCCGAGGAGGGGCUUUGUGCGAUCCGCCCCCAAGGUUCGUUUUUUUGUGAAACUUGCCCUCUUUCAGCGAGGGAGCAGCUUCACUCGCUUCUGUUGCUCAAAAGAAACGACGAGAUGAACGCUCUGGCCACCGCUGCUAAAACCCUAGCUCUUAAACCCCAACCUCUCCUCUUAAUCCGUCACCACCCUCCUCAUCGAAUCCCAUCGUCUCCGUCCCUCCUCCGCUUGGCUUUCUCGAGGCCCGUCUCCUCCUCCACCUCUCCUCCGAGCUCCAGCGACGCCGCCGAUGAGCAGCCGAGCGUUGAACGCAGAGAAACUGCAUCAAAUUCGGCCUCCUUGGAAUCCGGCUUAUAUCUUGUAGCGACACCUAUUGGCAAUCUCGAGGAUAUCACCUUGCGAGCAUUGAGGGUACUCAAAUCUGCAGAUGUGAUACUUGCUGAAGAUACAAGACAUUCUGGGAAGUUGCUUCGGUACUAUAAUAUUAAGACUCCCCUGCUUAGUUAUCACAAAUUCAAUGAAGCCCAACGUGAGGCUGCAAUUUUACAAAAGCUACAUCAGGGUCAAACUAUUGCUUUGAUUAGUGAUGCUGGUACUCCGGGUAUUAAUGAUCCGGGUGCAGAACUUGCAAAGUUAUGUGCGGGUGAAAAUAUCCCUGUUAUUCCUAUUCCUGGACCAUCUGCACUGGUUACUGCCCUUUCUGCCUCUGGGUUGCCUACCAAUGAAUUCACAUUUGUUGGUUUUCUACCCAAGCAUGCUGGAUCGAGAAGAGAGAGACUGCUGGUUGCUUCUGAUCAGACAGAAACACAGAUUUUCUAUGUUCCUCCUCACAAACUUCAAGAAUUUCUUGAUGAGGCCUUGCCAGUAUUUGGGGAUUCAAGGUUGUGUGUUAUUGCUCGAGAGUUGACCAAACUGCACGAGGAGUUUUGGCGUGGCACCUUGGGGGAAGCUAAUAGAAUAUUCUCUAGUCGACAUCCAAAGGGAGAAAUUACAGUUAUAGUAGAAGGAAAGGAGAAAUUUGUUGCUGAAACUCCAUCAGAGUCUGAACUGGAGCAUGAACUAAGAUCCUUUGUCUCAAAUGGGCACAGUAUUUCCAUGGCAGUGAAGUUGGUUGCUGAAGGAAGAGCAGCAAAGAGAAAGCAUGUCUAUGCACUUGCACUGAGGUUGUUUGGAAAACAUACGGAAAGCGAACCCUCUUCAAAUUAGUUAAUAUUUUCUUUUUUUAGUAAGUUUUCUUUGUUUUUUUUCUUCAAUAAGAUUACUUACAAGCUGUUCUAUUCAUGCACAAUGUUCUGGUAACUCGACUAUCGUUGAAUUUUCUGGCUACACUUCAUGAGACCAUCAGUUAGCAUCGACCAGUUAACCAAAGUGGCUUGUAUGUGCGACUGGAUUCCCUUUCUUUCAUAGCACUGGUGUACAUGUUUGUUGGCAGGUCAAUGAUCACUGAAAACAGUUAAACAGUAUGGUUAACACACUGGAAAGUGACAAAUAAGAUGCAGCGAGUUAGUUGGUUUAAGGCAGUUUUAUGUUUUUCUUUGGUGGAAAAGGUUCAAAACUAUGACUCCAUGCUUUGUACCAGGGCUGGUUAGCCUUAGAGUGAAUAUCUUUAUGGCAUUUGCUUGGUUAUCUUUUUCUAUCGUUUAUUUAUUGUAGUGCUAUAAAAGGCCAUCCAUUAAACAGGAUCUGGUACUGGUUAAAACUCAAACUAAACGCUGCAAUAAUCUUCAUAUUUUGUAAUCUAUAUAUCUAUCCUUUAAGGAUUAUGUGUUCUUUAUUUAGUGCUCCCAGCUUCUUGUGCAUAUCAGAUACGAGGGGAAAGAACAUUUCUGGUGAUCUUCAGGGUAGAUCUGGGAGUACCACUUUCCUACUAAUUUAGUCCUCAACCAAGUCAAAGGACCAUCACAAUGUAUCUUACUAACUCAGAAUAUACACUCACCUAAUCUAACCACAACCUUACCACCUGGGGGAGGUACCAAACCUUAUGUUUCAUUAGUUCCAACGUUGUCAUUUUCUCUUGAAAGAAGCCUAUGACACAGACUUCGAAGAGGGUCAUGGAAUCAAAGAUAAUUAUAUAAAUUGUAUAAAUGAGUAUAAGAAAUAAAUUUAUAGAGGAUGUGAAUUGCAACUAUGAGUACCCUGCAAGGUAUAAUAGGCAUAUUGAAGUCAUAAGCUGGAGCUACAGAAAAAUUGGCGUAGGUACUGACUGUUGUUAGAAUGAGAUCUCUUGCAGACCAAGUGAUCCCGAUCAUUUUUGGUAGCAAAUAUUCCAUAUCUGAAGGGCUAGAAGGGUGCGUUGUUAUGAUAUACCAGGAGCAAGAGGAACAUGAACUUAUUACCCAACUCAAAGCUGCUUGUGCAGAAGGGAAGGUUUCGAUCCAACAUCUCUUGAACUAUUUUUUAUUUUUUAAUUAGAGUCUAAGUAAGAACAUUUUUGACCCUUUGUGUCGUAGAUUAUGCUAAAAGUUACACCUAAAAGUCCUAUGAUCUAACUUUGUCUUACAAGGAUUGGUGUCGAACUAAACACAUGCAACUUGGUAAAGGAAAGAUAUGGAUAAACAGAUGAGAUGAAUUUGGCCUAUUAAGAAUAUAUGAAGCUGACCUAUAGAGUACAAAGCAGCAGCAGCAACAUUUAUUCAAAGGUGUUUGGGACGUUCGUUUGAAUUUGAAUCCUGCAAUCUCUACCUCUUAUAAAAUGUUACAAUUUACGUUCUGGGAUAUUAUAUAAUUGAGGUUGGUGCAAUAUCAUUCCAUUGAGGUAAUGUACAAAUAGGAUGACCUAAAACAUGACAUGAGUUCUCAGAUUAAAAAGAAAGAUUCUUUUGCAAUGCCACUUCUCUAAAAGUACACAUAAAACGUGAAAUUGAUGAGUUUUCUGUUUCAACACAUUUUCUUCAAAAUAAAAUGACAAAUAAAACCAAGUAACACUAGAAAUAAUUAUCAAGAAGUCGACACAAAUACUAUUAACUGUUGAGCAUGAAUGUCAAUAGGAGGCAAAACAAAUAAGAAAAAGAAUGGACAAUAUAAUGUAAAACCGACAUAAACAGUAAUCCUUUUGUACCAUUAGCUGUUGACCUUGGUCCUUUCUAUAUUAUGUGUUUUCAAUUCAUUUUCUUCUUGUUGUAGCAUGUAAUCUCUUCUUAAACUUGAUGCUUUUAUUUUUUUUGUUUAUAUCAAUGUAAUUACUGCAAAGAUCUUCCCAUUCAAGCACUUCAAGUGGAGAGGAUGUAGAUGGUGAGGCUUAACCUUGCUCUGUUGGUGGAUUCAUCAGGAAUCAACUGUGUCUUUCUUGUUCUCUGCAGAUCAGCUUGGUAGUAUGCAUCUUAAAGUUGCUUUUUGUUUUGUUGACCCGUCAGGGUUCGCUAGCAUUUUCUUUUCACUUCCUAUCUUUUCUGAAUUCUCCAGCUGAAAAGCACUUAUAUUUUAUAUUGUCUUGUAUUUGUUUAUAUCUUAAUGCUCAUCCAAAGGAGAACUUUUGUAUACGUCGAAUAUAUAUGACAACCUGUUGGAACUAAAGCCUUGUACAGUGUAGUGUAUACUAUUGAAGUGUACAUGUUUUAAUUGGUUUCCUUUACUU